AUGUCUCAACCUAUUCAUACCUUGGGCCGAGGAUGCGACCUAGCCCCUCCCAGCAGCGGCGAGCAGAUCCGCAAACCGUGUGACGAGAUGCCUCCAAUGCGAGCACAGUUCUUCUAUUGCUCCCCUCUUCCUCUCGAUGAUCCUCUCACGGCUGUACCACCUCCAACCGCCGAUUCCAAAAAUAUAAAACAUCUUCCUCGACCGUUUCCCAAAGGUGAUAAUAAGGCGCUUCUGGAAGCGUGGCUGGGAAUGGGUUCGAAGCGGGAUCGCAAAAGUCAUAAUCGGACAUGUAGGCCUAAAGUAGGAAUCGAGCCGACAGCAGACAAGAAGUUUGGUGUUACUGGAUUGAGGCCUAAGAUCAAACAAGAGGUCAAGGAGCUGAAAGAAUCCUUAAAGCCGACUAGAGCAAACCCUGAGACAUACCAGCCGACGGUUAUAUCGGUAACGCAGCUACAGCAAGCUGAUUCGGAGACUGCAAACAGCCACCAGGAUCAAAAUACAGAAGGAAAGGCGGGGAAGCCUACCCCGGAAUCUGUUGGUUGCCCUUGCAAGGGAAGUCAUCUCUCGUGCAGAAAGAGGGCGGGGAGGUGCAAAUGUGCAUCUUGCCCGAAAGCUCCACAAGAAGUGACGUUCGAAGCCCAAACCUACCAACCUGACAUGUCCGCACAGCAGACCAAUGACAAACAGCCCGCUUUAGAAUCUAUCGCCAAAUCCAAUUUCAGGGAGGACCCGAAGGUAGAGACCACUGAUCAAUUUAAGCGAUCCAAGCACUGGGAGCACAAUUGCGGCAAGGGAAGGUCUGGAAAGGAAUCUAAACUAGAGGAAGAUCCGGAACCCGGGUUCUCAUCGAAGCAGCCAUUAGCCAACUCAGAUUGCAGAGUUGAAAAUUCCCAGGAAUCUAAACCAAUAUACAAUCGCCCUACCGAGUCCAUCCCGGCCGACUUGCUCAAACCUUCAAAGCACGGAAGAGGGAAGUCUGAAGAAAGCAAAGCCACAGAUCCCAAACCUGAGUGUUUGUGUAUUGAGGAGGUCCCUCGAGAGGAAAACAUGGAUCAGAUCAAGCGAUCUAAACAUUGGGAACACAAUUGUAAGAGAGGAAGGUCUGAAAGAGCAAGGUCUGAAAAAGAACUUAACCCAGAAGAUAACAUCCGCGCUGAGCAAACUAAGGAGAAAGAGCUUGUUAAGAUGAAGUCGAAGAAUAAGGGAAAGGCUGCUGCUGCUGCUGCUGCUGACGAUCAAAAUGAAACAGCUCAAGUGGAAGAGACAAGGGCAUGGUUUGAUCAACAGUUAAAAGCUCAGAUGGACACAGAUUCGGGCUCAUUCUCUAGAGAUCAGCACCAGCAAACGGAAGAUCCUGAUGACUCCGAAGGAUUCGAGGACCAGAAAGACGACUGCUGUGCUGGAGAAAUAAAGGACGACCCAACUUCACUAGUCUCAAGAAUACCAAGCUGCUGCGAUGACAACAAACAUGGCAACAUCUCCAAGCGACAGCAGUCAGAAGCCGAAACUAUAUUCUCGGGCAGCUGCGAUCAGAGUAAGCUUGAUGACCUUUCCAAGCGAAAAGAAUCCGAUGUUGGAACGGCAUUUUCUGGCGACUGCGAUGAAAGCAAAAACGACAACUUUUCGGAGCGAAAAGAAUCCGAAGUUGAAACAACAUUUUCUGGCGACUGCGACGAAAGACGAAACGACAGCUUUUCGAAGCGAAAAGAAUCAGAAAUCGAAACUGUAUUCUCAGGCAGCUGCAGCAAUGGCAAUUUCGACUCGUCGAAAGUUACGGGAGCAAGUACUAGAAUCCCAAGCUGCUGCGAUGAAAGUAGGGGCAACCAUUCUUCCAAACAAGAUCAAUCCGAGUCUGUAUCAAGAUUUGGGAGCUGCUGCGAUGGACCCCACCCCGACGGCAAGCAAGUUUCUGAGAGGCAAACAACUGAGAAGCAGAAUCUUGAGAGGCCUGUAUUGAAGACAUCCUCUAAGAAUGUAUCUGAGUGCUGCACUGAUUUGGAACGGCACGCUGCUGCUAUCGUACAUAAGUCGCUUCAUGACAAUGACCAAGCUCAGGGUCCUACUGGACCACCAGUUCAAAUACAAAUAUCCACGUCGAAUGACAAUCAGUUUGAGCACUCCACUAGACCGUCUGCACUCAAGUCACAUUCUCAUCAGCACCAUGUUCAGCAUUCUUCAGGACUGCCCAGACACAUACACAAAUCCAAGUCUAAUGACAAUCAAUUCCAGCAUUAUUCUGGAGCAUCUGACGGUCAUCCAUACGUGGAACCAAAUGUAGGUACAACGAGCAAGAAUUCCAAAGGUAGGGGAAGGUUCUUCGGUAGACGGCAGGCAGAUGGUACGGCCGAACCAGACAGCGGACUAUAUGACGACUUUGACGGAGACCUACCUGCCAACCAGGAGAUUCCCGACCAAGGGGAUGCUGCGAAUGAUAAGUGUAUCUGUGAACCUCUUAUGCAAUCAUCCGAACCUAAUGUACUCGUAGCUGGGAAUGGCAACAUAUACACCAAAAUCGUACAAUCAGCCGGACCUGGUACAACAGGAAAGCCAUUUGUGAAACUUCCCGCUCGUGGCGAAGAUCCUCCAUCUCAAAAUUAUGCUACAUAUGACGAGGGGCGCUCCCCUGAUUCUCAAUUAGCACACGAGCGCGAUCCUACAGAAGACAUGGAAGUUGAAGGGUGCAAGGCUUACAAGCAUAAAGAGCAUCCAAAGUGUCAAGUUGACGUCCCUGUUGGGACAUCCAGACUUCAUUUGGUCACUUUACCGUCUUUGGUGGUGAAGCCGAUAUACUGGUCACCUGUCAACGAUCAGUAUCCUUGUAUAUAUGGUACCUGGUUUUAUAAAGAUACUAUGUUUCCUGUUGAGCCAGCUGUCGCCAAUCAGUUAGAGAAGGGCUAUAGGGAGAAUGAAUGUUGGUCUCAGACAUGGGAUGAUCAGCUUAAUUCUGCCAUUGAAGUUGGCCCUGAAGGCGAAGAGAAAAUUGUUCACCGUCUCUGGCCUAAAGAAGAAGAAUCCAAAACCUCAACUUAUGAUACUUCUAAACACAUUCUUUCUGCAGAUCCUCAUUGCGCUGCGCGUUGCUUCCAAGGCGAAGCUGCCGCAGAAGGCAAAGUUGAAGAGUCAGAUACCAAGCCAAGUGCGGCCACUUCAAUCAGCAAAAAAUACCCUAAUUCCCAAGUCAUAUAUAAGAACUGUGAGGAAGCCUUCAUUCUCAAGCCCAGUCUUUGCCCUUCGGCUUAUUACGGACGUCGGCCUCUCGCCAAAAUCAAAAGUGGUGUCUGUGUUGGUGUAGCUGUCAUUCGUGGAUUCAAUCGAAGGGCAUGGAAUCAGCUUUAUCCUUCAAAGAAAUCAACCACUUUCACGAAAGCACAAAGCAAAAUAGCGAAGCAAAGCAAUUUUGGUAAUGUAUUGGAUGUGUGCCCAGCUUGUAAGGCACAGGAUGAACCUGAAAAGGUGACUGAUCUGUGUCUGGUCAUUCACGGUAUUGGCCAAAAACUUUCGGAGCGCAUGGAGAGUUUUAAUUUCACAUAUGCAGUCAACAGCUUCCGCUGCGAAAUGAAGCGCGAACUUACUAAUAGCGAUGUGAAGAAGGUGCUCCGAGAAGACUUUGAUGGCGUUACUAUGGUUCCCGUAAACUGGCGUGCAACCCUUUCCUUUGAAGACGGUGGACCAAGAAAGCCCGGAGACAAAGAGCGUGCUGGAUGUGAUUACUCUCUCAAUGACAUUACUCAACCAACGAUUCCAAGAGUCCGCGAACUAAUCUCAGAUGUGAUGUUGGAUAUUCCUUAUUACAUGUCGGGGCACAAGCAUAAGAUGAUUGCAGCUUUGGUUGCCGAAGCUAACCGCAUAUACCGUCUUUGGUGUAAGAACAAUCCUGGAUUCCACAACAAUGGUCGGGUUCACAUCAUUUCACACUCCCUUGGUAGCGUCAUGGCCCUUGAAGUAUUGAGUAAGCAACCUACCACCCUACCAGCCGAGCUUUCAUGGAGACCUAAUACCAGAUAUUUCGACUUCCAAACAACAAACUGCUUCCUCGCCGGGAGUCCCUGUGCUUUCUUCCUUUUACUCGAAAGCAAAUCUUUAGUACCUAGAAAGGGUAUUUAUAAGCCUGGCUGUGAAUUCGAAAAUGGCAGUAAUAAGGACAUUUUUGGUGAUGCAGGUACAUUUGGCUGCUUGGCAGUUGAUAACCUCUAUAACAUCAUGCAUUGCAACGACCCUAUCGCAUAUCGCCUUAAUGCAUGUGUCGACGCAAAGUACGGCGCAAAUCUUAAACAAGCAGAAGUUCCAGAUUCCUCGCGCAGUUUCAUGACAGCAGUGACCCACGCUAUGAAAUCUGCUGCUGGUAUAUCUCAAAAUGAAGAAAUUCCCGUUGGAGAAAUGCCCAGACCUGCUACGAUAACCAAGAUGCCUUCUCAAAUGGAAAUGGAAGUUCAUGAUUUUACGGCAGAGGAAAUGGCGGAAAAGAAAUUCUGUCAAUUGAAUGAGAAUGGUCAGGUCGAUUGGAUCUUGGGCAAUCGUCCAGGCAUGUUGGCUAAUCAGUAUAUUGAUAUGUUGUCAGCUCAUAGCAGCUAUUGGAACAAUAAGGAUUUUAUCCGUUUCUUGUGUGUGGAAAUUGGGAGGAAACCGGGGAAGAUGAAUACCUUGCCAAAUAUGAUGGCGAGAAAGAAGAGUCAAAAAUAG